ACUUGACAUUCAAACUUGUGUUAUUAUUGUGCGCGUCCAUGCGGUCAUUUCGGUCCGUGUUCGCUGGACGGAACAACCAUUUUAUUCAUGUGAUAACAAUUAUUAGUGUAUUCGUGCAUUUUAUUAUUUUAUUCCAUUAAAUUACUGUGUUCUGUUCUUUUGGAAUCAUCCCCUUCCUGGCUUCAACUAACGAUUGCGCUAAAGUGUCGUUUUAUUAUUUGUUAACUUAUCAUCAGGCUUAUUUUUACUGCAGGUUUUCUCAUUUAAUUUGCCAAAAUGGGGGCAAUGUUCCGCAGCGAGCAAAUGGCUCUGGCCCAGCUAUUCAUCCAACCAGAGGCUGGGUAUUCUGCCAUAUCCGAGAUCGGUGAAGUUGGAUGUGUACAGUUUCGGGAUUUGAACAAAGAUGUUAACAUGUUCCAAAGGAAAUUCGUCAGUGAGGUGAGGAGAUGCGAUGAAUUGGAAAGGAAGUUACGAUUCAUUGAGUCUGAAGUCAGGAAAGACAAUGUGAGGAUUCCUGAUGUUGUCGAUUUUCCCAAAGCCCCCAAUCCGAGAGAAAGCAUUGACUUGGAGGCUAAAGUUGAAAAAACCGAAGGAGAAAUUAAGGAAAUGACCGAAAAUUCCGUGAAUUUAAAAUCCAAUUACUUGGAGCUUACUGAAUUAAGACACGUUCUGGAGAAAACACAGCAGUUCUUCAGCGAUCAAGAUGAAGCAAAUGGAUACGAAUCAGCUCACAAGGCCCUUAUCACCGACGACCAUAAUGCCUCUAUUAGAGGACAUCUGGGUUUCGUUGCUGGAGUUAUCAACAGGGAAAGAGUGCCCGGUUUUGAGAGAAUGCUAUGGAGAAUUUCCAGAGGAAAUGUUUUCCUCAGAAGGGCCGCAAUCGAAAAGCCACUUGAAGAUCCGCAAACAGGAAAUGAACAUUUUAAAACCGUGUUUGUUGCAUUCUUCCAAGGAGAACAACUCAAGUCGAGAAUUAAGAAAGUCUGUGUUGGGUUUCACGCAUCUCUCUACCCGUGCCCAAGUACGCAUAAAGAAAGAGUGGAUAUGCUUCAAGAAGUGAAAACUCGAUUGGAGGAUUUGCAAAUGGUGCUCAAUCAAACUGAGGAUCACCGACAAAGAGUAUUGAUGGGCGUAGCCAAAGAGCUUCAGAAUUGGAGCGUCAUGGUGUGCAAAAUGAAAGCAAUCUAUCAUACAUUAAAUUUGUUUAAUAUGGACGUGACCAAGAAGUGCCUUAUUGGAGAAUGCUGGGUGCCUUCUAAUGACAUAUCAACCGUCCAAAAAGCCUUGGGUGAUGGCUCUACUGCCAGUGGAAGCUCCAUUCCAUCUUUUCUCAACAUUAUCGACACUAGUGAAAUGCCACCGACCUUUAACAGAACCAACAAAUUCACUAGAGGGUUCCAGAACUUGAUCGACGUCUAUGGAAUGGCCAGUUACCGCGAAUGCAAUCCAGCUCUUUACACCAUCAUAACAUUUCCUUUCUUGUUUGCGGUCAUGUUCGGAGACAGUGGUCAUGCCAUCAUCAUGGCAGCUUUUGGUUUGUGGCUCAUCUUAGCAGAGAAGAAAAUUGCUGCUCAAAAAGGCAAAAGUGAAAUUUUCAACAUAUUUUUUGGCGGCCGGUAUAUUAUACUGUUGAUGGGGCUUUUCUCAUGUUACACAGGGCUAGUCUACAACGAUAUUUUCUCAAAAUCGAUAAAUAUAUUCGGCACUUCCUGGAGGGUCAAUGCAACCACUUUACCACCAAAUUUCACAGUGCAUACUUCUAGUGAUAGUACUGUUGAACUGCAGCUCAAUCCGCGCGAAAACUACCAGGGGAGUCCAUAUUUUAUUGGUUUAGAUCCCGUAUGGCAGGUAUCAAAAAACAAGAUCAUCUUCUUGAACUCUUAUAAAAUGAAAUUAUCCAUUGUCAUUGCCGUCGUUCAUAUGAUCUUUGGCGUGACCGUUAGCACCUUCAACUUUGUGCAUUUCCGUAAGCGUGCCAGUUUACUACUUGAGUUUCUGCCUCAAAUUCUGCUGCUCUGUUUCUUGUUCUUGUGGAUGGUUGUGAUGAUCUUUAUAAAAUGGAUAAAGUAUGACGGCUCAUUGGACGGAAUAGAUACGAAGCGUGGAUCAUCAUGUGCUCCGUCGGUACUGAUAUACUUCAUUAAUAUGAUGUUAUUCAGUGGUACCACAUCUGCGACUUCCGAUUGCGAUACUUACAUGUUUGAUUCUCAACCUUUAGUUCAAUACAUUUUGAUCCUAGGAGCUCUGAUUUGCAUACCCUGGAUGCUCUUAGGAAAACCAAUCUAUAUCAUUUGUACUCGAAAGGGCGCAAAAAAAGAAAUUGCACAUGUACGAAGUAACGGAGAUGUUAUCCCAAACUUGGAAAUGACUGAAGUCUCGACAAACGGUUCCGGUGCAACCUUAGAGGCAGGUCAAACGAUUAAACACGAAGAAGAGGAAGAGGAGGAGGAACCAAUGUCGGAGAUUUGGGUGCACCAAGCUAUUCAUACCAUUGAGUAUGUGCUCAGUACCAUUUCCCACACCGCUUCAUACCUUCGAUUAUGGGCUCUAUCGCUUGCCCAUGCGCAACUCUCCGAAGUAUUAUGGAACAUGGUCUUCCAAAUGGGCUUGACUGUGGAAGGAUACAUAGGAGUUGUAUACAUUUACGUAUUCUUUGCAGUAUGGGCGCUGUUCACUUUAGCAAUUUUGGUGCUGAUGGAAGGGUUGUCUGCGUUCUUGCACACUCUUCGUCUGCAUUGGGUUGAAUUCAUGUCGAAGUUUUAUGCUGGGCAAGGGUAUCCUUUUGAGCCCUUCAGUUUUAAGAAGAUCCUCGACGAGGAAGAGGAAGGGGCCGAAUAGGGGCGGGACCAACACUAUUAUUAUCAUCAAUUGCCUGGUGUAAACGGCAUUCUAUUGUUUUACUUUUGGGGAUUUAAUCAGGUUUACACAGAUCGUUAUUGUUUAUCAGGCAAACUGGAAAUAGCAAAUCUUAGAAAUACAUUGUAUUGACUGUU